AUGACUAAGGAAGAAGUUGUGAAGAGAGCCGCAAUGCUAGAGAUUGAAUUCAAUUCUUUUCAAGCUGAGUCUAAAGAUCUCGAAGAUUUCAUGGAAGCAGAUUUAACAUCUGCCACCGAACAUAUCAGAGAAAUGGAAAAGCAGGUGCAAGAGCGAGAUCAAAGUAUAAGAGAGCUCAGUGAUAAAUUGUUUGGCUUUAAAAGAGAAAUUAAAAAAUACCAAAGUGCUCAAAACAUGAUUACGGAGGAACAAAAGGCUAAGCAGGAUGAAAUGUCCAAACAAUUAGUGGAACUGGAGGUGCAAAACGAUAACCUUCGUUCGGGUAUACGUGAAAAGUUGAAUGAACUCAAAACCGUGAUUGAAAAAUCAAAUUCGUUUUUGGAAAAUAUUGCAGUACUACAGAAUGAUGUUACAAUUAAGGAUGAGAUGCUAGAAAGGAUCAAGGAGUACGCUCAUAAUUUGGAGAACCUCAUAAACCAGAAAAAUGAAGAAAAUGAAAAUCUACAACAUAAAGUCACUAGGCUCGAAAGAUUACUUCAGAUUACUGUUGUGGAUAGAAGAAGUUUCAAGGUUUCGAAAUACAAGACACCACCCGUUAAGUAUACUUAA